UUGAUAUGGCUCUGUCCUACGUUUUUCAAAAUCAUCUCUCCAACCCUCGCUUUCCCUUGCCAAACCCUUCUCCUAUAAAACCCUCACCUUCCCCUCUCUUCUGCUUUCGACCUCUCUCUUCGGAUCUGAGAAAGCAAUCAGGGAAGAUGGCGACGGCAGCGUCUUCUUCGCCAUCUUCGUCUCCACGGAAGAGCUUGGUGACGCUGAAUCAUCUCCGCCACGUGGAGUCCAUGGCGAACCUGCCGUCGGGCGCCGGCAAGAUCCCGCGCAUGAACGCUGUGAUUCUCGGGAAUUCGCUGGCGUCGGAGGAGGACGAUAUAAUCUUCCCCAGCAAGGAAUUUUCUUCUCAGGCUCAUGUCCCGUCGCCGGAGAAGUAUCUGGAGAUGUAUAAAAGGUCUAUUGAGGACCCUGCUGGUUUCUGGUCAGAGAUUGCGUCCCAGUUUUACUGGAAACAGAAGUGGGGUGAAAAGGUCUUUUCAGAGAAUUUGGAUGUUAGGAAGGGGAAUAUAAGCAUUGAGUGGUUCAAAGGUGGUGUCACGAACAUAUGCUACAAUGCAUUGGACAGAAAUAUUGAAGCUGGUAAUGGAGGAAAAAUUGCAUUUUAUUGGGAAGGGAAUGAUCUGGGCAAUGAUGGGCGGUUAACGUACAGUGAGGUGCUGGAGAAGGUUUGCCAGCUCUCCAAUUACUUGAAAGACAUUGGCGUUGGAAAGGGAGAUGCCGUCGUGAUUUAUUUACCCAUGCUGAUGGAAUUGCCGAUUGCAAUGCUGGCCUGUGCUCGCAUUGGCGCUGUUCACUCGGUUGUGUUUGCCGGAUUCUCUUCAGAAUCUCUUGCCCAAAGAAUUUUGGAUUGCAAACCAAAGGCCGUCAUAACCUGCAAUGCUGUUCUCCGAGGUUCCAAAGUCAUCCAUCUGAAAGAUAUUGUUGAUGCAGCAUUAGUGGAAUCAACCAAAAAUGGGGUCUCUGUAGGUGUAUGUUUAACUUAUGAAAACGAGUCAGCAAUGAAGAGGGAAGCAACAAAAUGGCAGGAUGGGAGAGAUAUCUGGUGGCAGGAUACUGUCCCACAAUGUCCAACGACAUGUGAAGUGGAGUGGGUUGAUGCAGAAGAUCCUCUUUUUCUCUUGUAUACCAGUGGGAGCACUGGAAAGCCGAAGGGUGUUCUGCAUACAACAGGGGGAUAUAUGAUAUACACUGCUACGACGUUUAAGUAUGCAUUUGACUACAAGCCAUCAGAUAUCUACUGGUGCACUGCUGAUUGUGGUUGGAUCACUGGACACAGCUAUGUUACGUAUGGUCCUCUGCUAAAUGGAGCUACAGUUGUGGUUUUUGAAGGGGCUCCAAACUAUCCAGAUUCUGGACGUUGUUGGGACAUUGUUGAUAAGUACAAAGUGUCAGUAUUCUACACGGCGCCAACACUUGUGCGGUCCCUCAUGCGGGAUGGUGCUGAGUAUGUUACUCGCUACUCUCGCAAAUCAUUACGAGUUCUCGGAAGUGUAGGAGAGCCUAUAAAUCCAACUGCAUGGAGGUGGUUCUUCAAUGUUGUUGGUGAUUCACGGUGCCCUAUAUCUGAUACGUGGUGGCAGACUGAGACUGGUGGCUUUAUGAUUACUCCUUUACCUGGUGCGUGGCUACAAAAGCCUGGUUCUGCCACUUUCCCCUUCUUUGGGGUUCAGCCUGUCAUUGUUGAUGAGAAAGGAAAGGAGGUUGAAGGUGAAUGCAGCGGAUUUCUUUGCGUGAAGAGCUCAUGGCCUGGGGCCUUCCGUACUCUAUAUGGUGAUCAUGAAAGAUAUGAAACUACAUACUUUAAGCCAUUCCCUGGUUAUUAUUUCUCUGGUGAUGGCUGCCGCAGGGACAAGGAUGGCUAUCAUUGGCUCACUGGAAGAGUUGAUGACGUGAUCAAUGUCAGUGGGCACCGUAUCGGCACAGCAGAAGUAGAAUCCGCUCUUGUCUCACACCCCCAAUGUGCAGAAGCUGCCGUAGUCGGUGUUGAGCAUGAGGUCAAAGGACAGGGCAUUUAUGCUUUUGUCACGUUGGUGGAGGGCGUCCCUUACAGUGAAGAACUUCGGAAAAGUCUUAUAUUAACAGUUCGUAAGCAGAUUGGAGCAUUUGCGGCCCCCGACAAGAUACAUUGGGCCCCAGGCCUUCCGAAAACAAGAAGCGGGAAGAUCAUGAGAAGGAUACUAAGGAAGAUCGCUAGUAGGCAGUUAGAUGAGCUUGGAGACACGAGCACACUUGCAGAUCCGGGUGUGGUCGAUCAGCUCAUUUCAUUGAGUGAUUGCUAACAUGCGCUGCCCCAACCAGGACUCGGAACGCCCAAUUGCUUCAGAAAGUUCCUCUAUUUAGGCGAGUAUAAUCUCAUGCACAAACGAUCAAACUAAAUUACAUCAAGCAUUUUUGUUCCGACCCCAUGUCUACAUCUUUUUAUAGAACCGCCUGUAUUUGAUCAUAUGUCAGGAAUAUUACCCGGUUGUUUGCUGUCAAGAUCUUACCAUGAUUCUUCUCGGAGCCAUUGUUUUCAAAGCUGUCUUUAAGGGCAUUGGAAAGUUGUGUUAUUCAAAUAAAUGCGAAUUGGGAUAGAUGAUGUGUGGAUUUCUUCAAUACAGAGGCUUGUGGCCAGUCAAUGAGGUUGAUUUUUUCUUGGAUAAAAGUGGAUAAUGUAUUCUAGUCUCAGUAAUAGUUUCCUACCUUUCUGGUA